GCGGUACCUAAGACUUCUAGGAUCGGGAGCCUGCGUGCUUAGCCACGUGGUCCUAUUCUCUGCUGGGGGUGUGAACCGCCGAAUCCCCCUCCGCCCCCGCCCCCUGAAUCAGCUUUCGGAGAUAAUCUCCCUCCCCGGACGCAGCCUCUGAAGGCUGUUUACUCAGGUUCCGGGGCAGCGGCGGAAGCAGCCCGAGAUCGCGAAUCGCGCACAAUCCCGUCGUUGCCGGGGUAGGAAUAGGGCGGGGCGUAUCCAGGUUACGGGGCCGCUAGCUCUUCGGCGUUAGGCCGUGAAGGAUGGAGGAGGCCGGAGCGGCGGCCGGGGCUGGAGCCGGAGCCGGAGCCGGAGCCGGAGCCGGGCCCGGGGCCACCGAGUCGGAGCUGAACCUGUCUCGCCUAGGCGUGUCCCCCGAAGCCCUGGCGCAGGAGCUGGAGAAGCGAGCCGAGGAGCGGCGGGGCUCCCGGGAGACGCAGCGCCUGCUGCUGCCGCACAACCGGCUGGCGUCGCUGCCGCGGACCCUGGGCAGCAGCUUCCCGCAGCUGCAGCUGCUCGACGUGAGCGGCAAUGGGCUGGUGGCGCUGGGGCCCGAGCUGCUGUCCCUGCGCUGCCUGCGCACGCUGCUGGCCAAGAACAACCGGCUCGGCGGCCCCGGCUCGCUGCCCAAGGGCCUGGCCCAGGCGCCGCUCUGCCGCACCCUGCAGGUGCUCAACCUCAGCGGCAACUGCUUCCAGGAGGUGCCCCCCGCGCUGCUGGAGAUGCGGGCGCUGCAGACGCUCAGCCUCGGCGGCAACCAGCUGCACACCAUCCCGCCCGAGAUCGAGAACCUCCAGAGCUUAGAGUUUUUGUACCUUGGAGGGAAUUUCAUCAAGGAGAUCCCACCUGAAUUAGCAAACCUGCCUUCUUUAAAUUAUUUGGUGUUGUGUGACAACAAGAUUCAAAGUAUACCUCCUCAGCUAGCCCAGUUGAAUUCCCUUCGUUCCCUUAGCCUCCACAAUAAUCUCCUGACAUACCUACCUCGGGAGAUCCUUAGCUUAGUUCAUUUGCAAGAGUUGAGUUUGCGAGGUAAUCCCUUGGUGGUUCGUUUUGUCAGAGAUUUAACCUAUGACCCUCCAACUCUCCUGGAAUUAGCUGGUCGGACCAUUAAAACCCGAAAUAUUUCCUACACUCCUUGUGACCUUCCUGGAAACCUUGUUCGAUACUUGGAUUUAGCCAGCAACUGCCCAAACCCAAAGUGUGGAGGUGUCUACUUUGAUUGCUGCGUUAGACAAAUCAAAUUUGUGGACUUUUGUGGGAAAUACCGGCUCCCACUGAUGCACUACCUGUGCUCUCCAGAGUGUUCUUCCCCGUGCAGCUCAGCUUCUCACAGCUCCACGUCCCAGAGCGAGUCUGACUCAGAAGAUGAGGCGAGUGUUGCUGCCCACAGGAUGCAGAAGGUUCUUCUUGGAUGAAAAGGUUUAGAGAAGUGUGAAUAAAACACGAAGACUGAAUGGAAGUGGUUAGAAAAACCAAUGCUAUAUAACUUGAAGUUUUUGAAAAAGCAAUAAGAGAUUUUGAGAAUUUUAGAUUCAUAACCUCAUUUUCAUCUUGUGUACUCACGGCUUGACUGGAGAUGAUCUGGACACACCUUGUGUUGUGCCAAUUUAUUCAACAGGAAUUAAUCUCAUUCCAUAUGUGGAUUCUUUGAAUAUAUAGUUUGCACAGAACUGCCAUUUCAGAUCUGUUAUAAAAGACAUUGUGAUCAGUAGCCUGCUUCUUUUUGUAUGUGAGAAAUGGCAUGUAGCAAAGCGGUUUAUUCUGAGGCGCCACUACCAUGAUAAACUAUGACUGUUAUAAUCUUGGGGGGAGACGGGCUGGAAAUGGAAGGAAAAACCCAUUGUUAUAAUUAUCAGUCAUCUUUGUAUCCCACCCCAUUGUACCACAACCCUAGGAUUUUCCACCUUCAUGUAAAAUCUAUUCAUAUAGAUUCUCAAAUGAUUUUAUGGGACCUGUCACCCUUUGUAUCCUUUGGGACCUUCAAGCUAUGGUAAAAGUUUGAAGACUAUAAUCUAUGCCUAGGCUUUGAGAACCUCCAUUCCUGCUUCCUUAUUAGAUUGCUGCUGUUACCCUCGUUCCAUCUUAUUCUACCUCUUCGUUGUGGCUAUGUAUAUAGUGCCUUCAGCUUAACAAGGAUAUAGGGCAGCUUAUCCCACAUUUGGUGCUCCUAUAGCCUGUAGCAUUAUUUAUAUAUACUAUGCAAGGAAUCUUACAAUGUACUUUUAAUAGUGCUAGUAAAGCAAAUAAAUUUCUAAUCAUAAUCUAAGUUCAUAACUGCCUUCCAUUUUCCCCCCUUUCAUUUCUAAACAAAGAAAGAUUCCUAGUAGGUAAAUUACUUUGCUCCUUAGGAGGGAGCAUGCUAGUUUCCAGAAUAUAUGAAAAGUUGCAGGAAUAUUUUUGCUUCUAGUGAAAUGAGAAGGCAGCAUUGAUUGAGGAAAGUUGAGACCUUCUUCAUUAUGCCCAAUUAAAAUUAUCUUGCUUCAUUUAUAUCCUGUGCUAGAUUCUUAUAUUAGUUGUAUUUUUUAAAGGAGAACUAAGAUAAACAUUACAAUCUUGGGGUUGUAUGUUUAGUGCACAUAUGUCAGGGAAUAAUAGUAUUGCCAUACAUUUAUGUAGCACUUAAGAAUCUCCCUUCCCGUGAUUGUAUUUAGUUCUCCUCACAGUCCUGUAAAGAAGCAGGAAUGAAUAUUAUUCCCACUUGGGCAUUAAGUGACUUGCAUGGCAGAGCCAGGGAGUAGAACCUGGCUCUUCUAACUCCCAGUCCAGUGUUUUUCCACCAACCAGGCUGCCUCUCACUUUACUUGGCACUAUUAUACCAAAUAAUAUAAUUAUAUAUGCACUUUUUGUAUUGGAAAGUUUACUGGAGAGCAUUACGGAUGUAAUGUGCUUUGGUAUAAAGUACUGCUUAAGAUAAUACAAAUGGGACAGAAAGAUGAAGAAAGAAUUUAUGUAGUGAACUGCCCAAAAUUGAGGAUAUGUCUAAACAGUCUAAAAGCAUUUAGAAAUAGGUUCUUGGUUAGUUGUGUUGCCCAAAGCAUUUAUUUUCUGGAUUUUGGUAUCUUACCAUGGCCUUUGUCUCAUUGAAAUGAAAUAUUAGGUAAUAAUUAAGAUUAUGAAAUUAAUGGAGACCAAGUUCUUUUUCCCUGGGGUUAGACUCUCCUUGUUUCCUAAUUACCUUAUCGCUAAAAAUGACACAGAUUCCUGUGUAUGCUUUUUGAUGGUUAAUGCAGCUGUAGUAUUUUACAUGAAAGCACAUUUUCACAACUAGGGAGGAGAGACUUACUCAUGUAAAUUGUUUCAGGUGUGAAUGGGUACAACCAGAAAGACAGUUUUCCUGUUUGUAAUACAGAUCUGUGAGAAAGUGGUUUCGGAAAAAAGUGAUGUCAUUCUGUAUGAAUUUGAGAGUAUUCUCUGUAUAUAUGACUUAAUGGCCAAUUUAUAAUAAUGGAAUCAACAGAUGGCUGAAAAAUGAUGCUUUGGGGUUAUUAGUUUUGAUCUUCUCUCACAUCAAACUUUUUACAUGAAUUAAUAGAGGAUAGUUUGCCCUUCUUUCACUGUCUUCCUUCUGGCAGAUAUGCUAGCAAUCUACUGAUAUAUCCAGAAGGCAAUGCAUCCAGCAGGAUGGGGAAGAUACAAAGGAAGUGGAGGCCAGGGUCCAAAUAAUCAGGUCUUCGAUAAUAUCUAGUGUUCACUCUGUGGUGAAAUGAGUUUCUAUCUCUUCAAUUUCUCUGGUUGUGUUAUUAUAGUUAAGCUAUAAUUUUUAAAUCUAUUAUUUUUGAUGUUUUUUUUCCCGAAAAACUACACAUUUUUAUGUUGAAAUAAGUUUUCUCUAUUCCAUAAAGUUUAGUUAUUGUUAUAAAGCUAAAACUUUUUUGUGUGCAAUUUACCAGAUUAUUUCAAAUUUUUAGAAUGUAUUUUUGAAAGUGUUGGUUUGUAUGUUCUUAAGUAUAUUCUGGAAACUCUAAUUCUCACAGCUUUUCUGAACCAAUUCUGAAAUUCCCCGUCUCAAUUUAACCUCUGUUAUAGAGGUAGUCUAAUUUGUAAUAUUAAUCUUGUCUUCCCGUUUUUUGGAGUCACACUGACAUCCAUGGCUGCAUUCUAGUAGAGAAAGUAGGUCUAAUAGCUUAUAAUUAAUUUUAUGAGCGCUACGUAAUAUAGAGGCAUCAUUUAUUCUUAGUAAUUUUUCUAUAGAAUUUCAGACUCACAGAAUUGCUCAUAUAGCGAACUUGAAGAUUCAGUUUGUUUACAUUGCCAAAUUUUGGUUGCAGUACAUCCAUAAUUAAAUAAUAGCUCCUACCCGUUAGGGGAAUGUCACAUUAUACAUCCCAGCCCUGUUAGAUAUUGUAAAUUCAUGGGUAAGAAAAACGGGGAAUUGGAGGUGGUGGAUAGAAGUGGGACAAAGGCCACAGUGAGAUAAAGCCCAGAAAAUGAAUGCUGUUUCUAGACUGUAUUGUCCAUUGUAUCACAGAAUUGGCAUAUCUUAACUUUUGUCAUCAAUUUUCAAUUUAGUGUACUUCUAAGGGAUUUUUUCCCAUCUCUGAUGUAGUAAUAAAAGUCAAUGGGAAAUAGGAUUUGCUUAACAGUUGGCAUGCUGCUUUGGGGAAGGAAUAAGACCUCAUUAAUUUGGAAUUCAUGGUCAUUAAGGUAGAGUUGGGCUGAAAUUUAUUUACUUUUGUGGAAUCUAAGAAAAGAGAAAUGCCUAAGCAAAUUAUGAGACUAUGCAAGGUUUGACCUACUUAAAGGAAACAUGUUUUUUAAAGCACUUUAGCAUUAGCUGUUUUAUAAAAAUGCACUAAUCAUAAUUUGACACCUGUUUUUAAAUAUUGAGUACCACUUUUGGCACUUAGACAUAUACGCUUAAACAAUAAAACUAUUUUUUGAAAGGUUAAGUUUACAUUAGAUUGCCCUUCUUCCCAAUUAGGCCAAAUUAAUGACUUUUUAUUAUAAUAUAUGUAGUCCAAAAUAGCCAUGUUGGUCAGCCCAUCUAAUAAUCGGGGUUUAAAUACCUCUGGACCAUCUCAGUACUAUUCUAUUUUAGGCAAAAAGUACUGUUAUAAAAUCAUAAUAGCAUAGUAAUUUAAAUACAGUGAUAUGUUCAGAUACGAUUAGUGUAAACAAAUGAUAGACCUAGCCCUGUUGGGGAUACAUUCUGUGAUAAGGAGAGCUAAUAUGUUUGGAACCUCCUAAUCACCCCAGGGCUAGAGUUUGAGGAAGCAAGGCUGGCUCUGAAGCCUUUUUUCCCAGCAAAAGACUUAGAGCCCAAGACCAGGGAUAUGGGUUAUAUGCAAUCACAAGUGCCUUGAACUAAAACUAAUGAACAGAUAAUCUGAAAGGAGGACAAAUUUCUGUUACUAGUCAAAGGUAAUAAGUAAGUCCCCAACAACUUAACAUUUAUAUUGUUAAAUAGUAAUACUUUUUUUCUUUUUAUUGGAGAAAUUGCAGUAUCUUGUUAUAUUGGUUUCCUUUGUAAAUACUGUAAUCAAAAAGGAUUAUGAAAUAAGUUUUUAAUAUACAAAUAUAUGUACAUGUCUUAUUCUUUUCCUGUUUCUCCUUACUCCAUAUUUACUAAGAAUUGAAGCAUAAGAUACUUUGUAACUGGUAAUCAGUUUUAUCAAACAUGUAUCGAACCACUCACUGCUUUCGGUGCCACAAAGUUUACGUAAUCUUAGUUAGAUGUGGUGCCUUCCCUUGAGGACAUUAUUUAAUCUAGAAGCUAAUAAAAUAUUAAUUUGAGCAUAUAUUUUCAUUUGGAGACUAUGUUGCUUCUGGAAAAAAAGCCUGUGGUAGAGAUUUGCCAGAUUUACCAGGAAGUGAAUAGGAUUAAAAAGUAGUCUUCCAGAAUCUGGGAGGUGGGAGGUGGCUUGUUUGUAAGUUACCACAGCUUGGAUUCAGAUACUUUUAAGCAGGGAGAAAAUAGUUCCUCUUGAUAAUAAUAUUUCUCUCCUAAGAAACCAAGGUAAAAUUAUUUGCAUCGUGAAAUUGAAUGGGACUCAAUCUGACCUGAUUGCAAAACUAAGAGCUUUCCUCUUCAGACCAGAAUUGGAUGUUCUUCCUUCUGUUUACUUUCCCCUUCUUCCAACUCAAUACACCAUUUACUCUUCUUGGAGAGAGAUUUUUUUACAAUGUUGAUCAUAUUAGCCAUUAAGUUUCAAGAGAGAAAAAAAAUACUGAUGUCUUAAGAUUUUUUGAACACAUUUCCCUUAGGGCAUUUUCUCUAAAAUGCUUUAUAAACUUUUAGGAAUGUACAAUGAGAUUUCAUGAAUGCAAUACCUCAGACUCAAGAGGAUUCUUUCAACAUAUGUUUUUGACUACUGGUAGCCAAAUCAAGAGAUAAAAGAACUGCAAAUUCUGCAUUACUUUUGAUAGGGGGAAGGACAGAGAAACAGCUCAAGGACUGAAUAGGCCAAAGAUUCCAUUCCAGAGUGGUAAUGACCUUUUCCACGGUGUUUCCCAAUCAUUGGUACAUGGACCAGCAUCCUAGAGUUUGGCAAACUUACCAGUCCACAAAACUCUUGGUAGCAAAGACCCUUCUUAAAAAUCUCUAAAUUUAAUUAACUACUAUUUCUCUCUAUGCCUUCUUCCUCCCAUGUCUUUUUACUCCUGGUUCCUAUUCUUUGAGCUCUUAGGCUUUUGGAGGAGGAGUCAUCCAGUGCAGUUUAGGUCAUUUCAAGUCCCCAGUAUAAUUUGAGCUCAGAAACACUGAACAAGGUGACCACGUUGUCUUAUGAAUUCCAGACAAGAAACUGGGGAAAAGCCGGAUUAUUCUAAUUGCUGGCACUAAGUAUAGUCUACAUCUCAGAGGUUGGUUCAUGAAAAUGACAUUCAAAAUUACUAAAUCUCAUUCUGUCCUAAUCUGUCUCAAAAUCUUUUCACAAGCUGAAUACGAUUGGCAUAAAGAUGAAAAAAUGCAAAUCUAAAGCACUUUCUCUGCAUACCUGAAGUUCUUUGUUUUUACAGUUGAAAAGUUUGUAGCCUUCCUGAAUGCACCUAUUAGAGGUAUAAUCAUCCAUUGGAAGGCAUUUUAUGGAUUAACUGACACUUGAACUUUGUGUAAAAAUCCAGGCUACCAGUGGCCCUUCUGCAAAAAUAUUCUGCCUUAAAUGUAUUGUACUUUCAUGAACUGAUCACUUACCUGCUUUUGAAAUUUUGAAUAAUGGGGUAGUGAAAAGAAUUCCUUUUAUUAUCAGUAGCAAUAAGGAAUGAAGCUAAUAAAUCAAAGUAAUGAUUCCAACAAUUGAGUUUUUAAAUUUAAGUCAAAAAAGAGUUUGAGGCAUCAAAUCUAUGGCUUGAUACAUUCUUAAUGUUGGUAAAUGGUUCCUUUUUUAUAUUUCCAGAAAUUUUUUCAAUCCUGUGUAACUGCAUGUUUUAUUCAAAAUCACAAAUUUCUUGUAUUAACUAACCUGCUAUUUGAAUUGCUUUAUCUAAUAAUGUGCCUUGUUUUUUCAAAGGUGUUAUGCUAGAAAGGUGGCUUUGUAUUGCAGAAAAGUAAUAGUAUUUCAUUGAACUGUGACUUGACACAUUAAAAGAAAAAAUAAAUGUC